UGUUAUAUUGUACUAUAUAAUGUUACCGUGAGAAACGUUCUCGCUAUUUUGUUUCUUUUUGUCGCAUUAAAUGUAACUUGGAAAAAUGCGAGUAAAUUUGUUAUCAUUUCUUUUUGUUGGAAUAUUUUCAUCAAUUGCAGAAUGUCAAAGAGGAAAUAUGUUUGGUAGAGGCAGGGGACCUCAAUUUCAAUCCCAAUCAAAUUCAAAUAGAGGAAGUUCUUUCGGAAAUGGUCCACGAUUUGGAACAAACAGUCGACAGCCAGCUCGUGCCAACAGCAGACGACGAUCUUCACCCCAGGUUCCAAGAGCUUCUCAAAGACAAACACCUGAAAUUAUAAUUGAGUUCCGAAAUAACGGAGGAGGACAGUGGCAAAACACUGAUGUGAAUUCACGAUUUGAUAAAGGAAAUCUUGAUUCCAGAAGCCAGAGAAGACCAGGAAACAGAAUAGAUGCCGGUCCAUCCAAAGAUGGAUGGAACAAUAACAGAAUUCCUCAAAGCAAUGGUCAGUCGAGAGAUCGAUUAAACAAUAACAGAAUUCCUCAAAGCAAUGGUCAGUCGAGAGAUCGAUUAAACAAUAACAGAAUUCCUCAAAGCAAUGGUCAGUCUAGAGACCGAUUGAACAAUGACAGAUUUUCUCAAAGCAAUAGUCAGUCUAGAGACCAAUUCAACAAUAACAGAUUUUCUCAAAGCAAAAGUCAGCCUGGAGACCAAUUUAACAAUAACAGAUUUUCUCAAAACAGUGGUCAGUUUCAGUCUAGAGAUCGUAGUAAUAAUGAUAGAGUUGGUCAAAACAACAUAGGUAGUCAAAACAACAUAGGUAGUCAAAGCUUCAGACAAAACACUAAUCAAAAUAGCGCGUUCGUUGAUUCUCACCAUGGUAAUAUCCAUGACUUAUCUGCUGGCAUGUCUUUACAGAAUCACCAACAAACACACCAAAAUAUAGCACAUGACCUUCAUCAACCAAUCAGUGAUAACCAUCAUCUCAGCAGCAAUUCAAAUAUGCAUCACGUGACCGCGAAUAACAUUGCAUUAGGUGCAUCUAAUCACCUACUAAAUGGAAAUUUAGGAUCUGGACCUAGAAAUGUAAAUAUAAAUUCUGAAAUUCUAGGAUUAGUUAAUGCAGUCCCUCUUGACCAAACAGUCCAUCAUCAGACUGGUCAGUUUUCGAAUUCAUUGUCACCAAAUAAUGCACUUAAACCAGGAACACACGGACUCACUGGACAACAUGUUGGUCUUGUUGGACAUAGCGCAAUAAAUACACGGACACAUGGAAAUAUUGGCCUUUCUGGACUGAAUGAAGUACACUCAGGGAUAAAUACCCAUAAUCUACACAAUGCCAAUGGGGUUAAUCUAGGUCCCCAUGGUAACGGAGUAGCCACGUCCGGAUUGCCUGACCUAGCGUCAGCUACAAGCGGACACAAUGUUGGGUUACAUACAAAUUCUUUAGUUGGUGAUGUUGUAGGGAAACAAGCUAGUCAUCAAGGUCUAAAUAAUGUCAAUGGUUUGUCAACAGGAACUUUAAGUCAAGCUACAAAUCUUGGCAGUUCAUUCUCUAAUCAACACGUUCAAAAUUCUCAUAACCAAAUGAUUAAUGGCCUAAGUAAUGCCAUCGCCAACAAUCAAAUAUUAGACCUAGGGAACCAACAAAAUCAAAUCUCAGCUAUGCAAGCCGUUCUUGGUCAAGCUAAUUCUCUACAGAAUCAUCACCUAGCUACUCAUCUAUCAAACUCUGUUGGACAGAUAAAUACAUCUUUGGUGACUGCUUCAACUAGUACAAGGAACAACGCAGGAAACGGAAGUGCAGGUUUUCCAGGGGCUAACAAUAUUGAUUUGAAUAACACAAUACAAAGUCUUAACAAUAUUAUUGCCUCAAAUGCAUCUCCCGGGUUGUCUCCCGUAGCAUCUAACAAGAUAGCAGCUGCGCAUGCACACAACGUGGCCGGAAAUGUUGUUCAUCAUCCAGUGCAUGUACCUGCUGUUGUUAGGCCUCAUAUUGAACCAAUCGAAAUUGACUAUGAAGAAAUUCUACAAAGAGCAAUGACUAAUAGGAUUUUGAACGGAUUAAUUCUUUGAUAACGUGUAUUGCUCUUAGUAAUUUAUUCGUGCAUGCUACAAAAUUUAAAAGGAAUGUUAGAAUAUUUUAUAAAAUGAAAUAUCAGUUUAUUCACUUGUACAUAUUGUACGCCCAAACAACGUGUAGCAUUUUUUUUAAAUCGUAGAAAAGUUUAUUUUCGUCACAUUUUGCCACUCAAUAUUGUCGCAGAUGUUACUUUCAAAAUUUAAAAGGAAUGUUAGAAUAUUUUAUAAAAUGAAAUAUCAUUUUAUUCACUUGUACAUAUUGUACGCCCAAACAACGUGUAGCAUUUUUUUUAAAUCGUAGAAAAGUUUAUUUUCGUCACAUUUUGCCACUCAAUAUUGUCGCAGAUGUUACUUUCAAAAAGUAUGUAAUUUAUUUAAGAUAUGCAGUCGGUCGGCCUAGUUUUAUUAUCAUAUAUAGUUUAGUUUGCGUUCAUAUUUUGCAAUUCAUGUGCGGCGAUCAUACAUGUACACAAUAAUCCAUUUCCAUGAAAAGGUCUAUUUAUUAUUUGUAAUCAAAUCUUCUCAAACUGAAUAAAACAUUUUAUUUUUGUA